AUGCCUCGAUUCUUCAAACGCCUGUUCAAGUUCCCGCAAAUGGAUUUCGAGAUGGCUGUCUGGGAAAUGACCAGUCUGAUCAUCGCCCCCAAGAAGGUCUUCCGCCAGGUCUACUAUCAAAAACAAACUCGCAACACAUGGCACAGAGCAGAUCCCUCCUUCACCUACCUGCUCUCCUUCUUCCUGCUCCUGACCGCCCUGUCCUGGGGGCUGGCCUACGCCGAUGGCUUCUCCAAAACUUUACGCAUUACCCUUGUCUUCAUCUUCGGCCACUUCCUCCUCACCUCACUACUCGUCUCGACCGCUGCCUACUUCCUCGUCGGAAAGCUACUGGCUGGCUUGUUUGGUCCACCAGGGAACGAUGCCGCCGAGCAACUCGAGUUUGGAUACUGCUUUGACGUCUCGAUCCGCGCCUUCUUCCCGGUCUGGGUCUGGCUGUACGUCGUCCAGUUCCUACUCAUGCCCGUCAUCUCACGCGACUACUGGGUCUCGCUCUUUUUCGGCAACCUCCUGUACCUGGUUGCCUUUGGCUACUAUUUUGUCGUUACCUUCCUCGGCUACAAUGCCCUUCCCUUCUUACAUCACACUCAGCUACUUUUGACACCUGUUGUGGCCUUUGCCAUUUUCUGGAUCGUCAGCUUAUUUGGUCUGAACCUGCCGAAGCACUUUGCUCCUGUCCUAUGGGCCGGUGCCGACUUGCGCAAGUCUGUAUGA